CCGGAACCAAUUUCAGGGAGUGGUUUAUCGACGCCCAAAUGAGUCAAAACGUGUAAUUAUCACAUAUGAACACUUCCAAACAGUGUAGCUAUCUUUGUGCUGGACUACCGCAUUGUAUUUAGUUAAAAUUAAUCAACAAAGCUAUUGAAUGCAACUAAGAUUCGAAACUAGACUAGCUCUUGACCGUAUGUGUUACAGCUGAAAUCAGUUGCAGUCAAUCAGGUCCUGUUAAGAAUACAGCCGUUUUUCCAACCAACAUCACGCUCUAGAGAUGAUUCCGGUACAGUUUAGCGUGGUCCUUUUGGUUGUAGUGGGCUAUGCUGUAGUCUAUGCAGAGAUUUCGGUGGAAUGUGGCUGGAACUACACCGUGAGAGUGAAAUGGACGGAGCGCCAGAGGGGGACCGCACCAUACCUCCUCCUGGGUCACUGCAUAGGCGAAGCCGCGACGCCCUCCGACGGGAAGGGAGGAGCGAUGGAGACCGUGUUCAACGUCCAGCUGGAGGACUGCAGUUUCAGGCGAACGGUAACUGGACACCCGAAAACUGGAGGCCAGAUAAUCUACAGCAAUGAGCUGAGCCACUUUGACGGAGCUAAACUCGCACCAACCCUGUAUCCGGUUACAUGUGUUUUUCCGAGGCCUCAGGAUUGGGGUCCUUCCCUGUACCAUCCCUCCUGGCAGAUCCUGGGAACCGGAACACUGCUCUUCAGCAUGGAGCUCAUGAAUGGUGAUUUCAGUGGCCCUGCCCAGUCCUCCACCUUCUACCUGGGCUCCCUGAUCCCCAUCUGGGCUGCAGUGGACCAGCAGGACCAUCUUCCCCUGCUGCUGCUAAUGGACGAGUGUGUGGCAACGACCACUCCAGAACCAGACCCCUCUGGGCCGGUCUACCCCAUCAUCUCCAAUGGGGGCUGUUUAAUGGACAGUAAGUUCAGCUCAUCCAGGUUUCAUCCUAGAGCAAAAAGCAGUGCGCUUGACCUUCAGUUGCAGGCUUUCAAGUUUGCCCUGGGGGCUAAUAUCUAUAUCCACUGCAAACUGUCCAUUUGGGACCCUCAAAGCCUCAAUGAAGGCAAGAAGGCUUGUGACUACAACCAGGAACAAGGACGGUGGGAGCUCCUGGAUGAUCCUUCCCAGAGUUCUCUCUGUUCCUGCUGCAGUUCCCGCUGUGCGAACAGGAAGAGGCGAGGCGUGCGCUCAGGUCUCCAUGGGCUGACCCAUAGUGCUGUUCUCGGCCCGCUGGUCAUCCAGGACUUGCAAGAAGCAACAAGCAAAGUUUAGGUGAAGUCUCUGAGGACUGCUUUGUAUUUUUAGUUUUUUUUUUUUU